UCUGCCCUGCUCGCGCUGGGAAGUUCCGGGGCGGCUGAGCGGAAAGCCCUGCCAUCCAUGCUCGAUCCCUAGCGCGCGUCGGGUCUCCCGGGCGGACCCGGACGACAGUCAUUGUUAUUGUUGUUUAUACAGCGAGCACUAACUCCCUCCCGAGCGCCUCUGCCCCCGCCCUACCUGCUCCUCCCUCCCGCUGUAAUAUGCCAUUAGUGAGCCUGCGACCACAUUGCCAAGGGUGCUAGAGUUCGCAUUCAGCCACCAUGGGGAAUGGGAUGAACAAGAUCUUGCCUGGCCUGUACAUCGGCAACUUCAAAGAUGCAAGAGACGCAGAGCAAUUGAGCAAGAACAAGGUGACACAUAUUCUAUCUGUCCACGAUAGUGCCCGGCCCAUGUUGGAGGGAGUUAAAUACCUGUGCAUUCCAGCAGCAGAUUCACCAUCUCAAAACCUGACAAGACAUUUCAAAGAAAGUAUUAAAUUCAUUCAUGAGUGCAGACUCCAAGGUGAGGGCUGUCUGGUGCACUGCUUGGCUGGGGUCUCCAGGAGUGUGACGCUGGUGAUUGCUUAUAUCAUGACCGUCACGGACUUUGGCUGGGAGGAUGCCCUGCACACUGUGCGUGCAGGGAGAUCCUGUGCCAACCCCAAUCUGGGCUUCCAGAGGCAGCUCCAGGAGUUUGAGAAACAUGAAGUCCACCAGUAUCGGCAGUGGCUGAAGGAAGAAUAUGGGGAGAAUCCUUUGCGGGAUGCAGAGGAAGCCAAAAACAUUCUGGGUAAAUAUAAAGAGCAAGGGCGUGUGGAGUCCCAGCCUGGCACCAGGCGGUGGAGCAGCUUUUCGGCCUUGCCUCCCCUGGCCUACAAUAACUAUACCACAGAAACCUAACACAGAGGGAUCUGGUGCCUUCCUUCCUGCUGCUUGUCUUCCGGGUUGCCUGCAGGCUCCCUGUGGUGUGCUGGUGUGCUGGCUACUUCCUCCAAGGACUGCAAAGUGAAUGACCACUGCAAAGUGGACAGCUCAGGGCUCUUUCCCCAGUGACCCCACCCAGUCCCAAGUCCUUUUACGUCACCCACCUUUCCCCCUGACCUUGGAUUAUGGCCUCACCUGAGCUUGCUGUACCUGGGAUGCUACUGGGCUGACACACACACACACACACACACACAAUGUGUGCACAUGUCAGUGAGUGCAUAUGUACAGCACUGAAGAACAUGUGAGAGUGUAUGCCUGUGAGCAUGUAGAAGGGUAUGCAUUGUGUGAGGGUGUGUGCAAGUGAAUGUGUCUGCGUGGGUGAGCUCUGAAUGUUCGUAUUGCUGGGAGUCAUAAAAUUCAUGCUGCCAGGAUUGGCAUGGCCACCUUUCCCUUUGGCUCCAAAUGGAAGGCAUUUGAAUUUGACUUCUGAAAAGCUUCUCAGCAAGCAGCAUGGAAUGUAUUCUAUACCUGGGAGCAGAGGUUGAGAACUCAGGGGAUGAGCAGCUGAAAGCAAUAGCCUCUCCCAGAACCUGGGAUGGUAUAGUGGGGAAAGAUGGGGCCCAGACCCCUCCUGAGGGAAGGUGGCUCCAGGGACCCUGGAAAGUGUUGGGGGGUGGAGGGCAUACUCAGUAUUGCCUCAAGCUUAGUAUAAGUGCACCAGGCCCUGUACUCCUUGCUGCCUCAAGCCAAGGCCACCCAUCAUGUGUCUGGUUCUAAGUGAUGUUUGUUCCAUGUAAGACUGACCUUGAUUGAAUUCCAUGAUGAGCAGGAGUACAUCAGCCAAACUUGGCAUACAUUGUUGGGCCCUUCCUGUCUCCUCCUGUCCAGCUUCAUGCACUCCCAGCCUUGCUGUUCUCACUUUGCAGGGCCUUUCUCAAGGUUUGCAUGUACCUACAGGAAAUGGAAAGGAAGAAUAUUUGUUAGACACUGUAGAUGUUUGCAUUUCAAAAUGCCUGAUCAUUUAUUAAGUUCCUUGGUGUAUGCUGUGGAUUUGAUCUUUGAUCUCAGCUACCUCAUUAAAUAAUGUUUGAAAAGUUUUUGUGUGUGUUUGUGUUAAUCCAGUGAAUUCUGCCUCAUAAUUCAAAAUGUUCAGUUCUGAUUGCUUUUGAAGCCAAAGGGGAAGACAUCAAUAUCAUUGAGCUGCUUAAAUUUUUUACUUGGGUUCCCAUAAUGCUUUCUGAAGGGCAAAGUUCCACAUUCAGGCUGUGAGAGCACCCACAGUUUGCAGCUAGGCAACAGGCAUCCUGGAAUGCUGUGCCCAACUCAGUGGUCAAUCCUUUAUACCAACUUAAAUUUCUUAAGCACGCAGAGCCACAGGAAAAAAAUAUACUCAACCUCUCCCUAAAAAGAUGUUGCAACCUGGGUUCUCCGAAUUCCACCACAAAAAGAGCUCCUGAAUAAGAAGAGCAAUUUUCCUGUUCAUGUAGAGGGUAUGUCAAAGGUGAGCUCUUUGGGGACCAAGGAAAACAAAGUCUCUGACUGUGCACAUGUACAGGCCCCAGAUGUGCAACCAAAAAGGGAAAUGUGGCCCUAGAAUCAUUUCUUCAGCUAAAACAAUUUGCCUGUUGAGUAUAUUUUUUUCUGUAAACCAAAAGAAAUGUAAAUAUGCUAACAGAAAAAGCAUUUAAGAGGGCUAAGGAUGUAACUCAGUGGUAUAGCAGUUGCCUAGCAUGUAUGAAACACUGGGUUUGAUCCCCAGCACUUCAAUGAAAGGACAGAAAAAUAUUAAGGCUAUUAGAGUGAAUGGUUAAAUAUGUGUAAACAUUUAUGAAUGACCACGUAUAUUCCUGUAGGUUUUGAAUUGUUUUUAUAUUUGUUGCCAGUAAUGUUCUUUCUCCACAGCCACUCCAGGAAUUCUGAAGUAUUGGGCCUUUCUCAGAAGAUUGUAAUGUACCUGAAGUUUCUGAAAUAUUGCAAAGUUUAGGCUGGUGCUGCCAAAAAGAAAAGCAACAUAGAGUUUAUUUUUAAGUGUCCAACAGUGGUUUUGUAAACUUGCAUACAUGUCUAAUGUUGUAAUACGUUGAGAACUGUGAGAUUAUUUAGCAAAAGAAAAUAUUUUUACCAAAACUCCACUUCUGUGUCUGUUUUUUUAACCUGACUUUUGACGCCCAUACAACUAUCUCAAGAGCCCUCUUGCACUGUUUUGGUUACUGUUUAGGAAUUGUAAAUUGUUUCUCAUGAACAACUACUCAAGGAGGAAGCCAGUACUGGGGGAUUGUGCAGUGUGAACUCUUUCCUCAUGUUCUUAAAUUCCCCAGCUUGGGAAAUGUCUCUUGAUGUAUGUUUUAUCCCAUGGUUUGUGUUCUCCACAGUGGAAUUUACCAAAACCUACACAUUUUUGUUAAUAAAGGGCAACUUAACCAAGUUCAA